AAAGAAGAAACAGAUUCAAUUUGAUUCGCAGAAAACUAUGAGAAAAACAUUUUACUUUGGCGCGUGACAAAACAACCUCAGUUUUUCAAAAAUAACAUUAUACAUAGAAUAAGAUCAUCGUGCAUACCCAUUUGUUUUGACUUCGUCUUGUAACAGAACUCUGUGUUGUCUUCUGCUUCUGAAUUCAGAAAAUGAAGACUCCUGGUCGUGAAAUUUUCGAUUCUGAUACAAAGAGUAAAAGAUCAUGCCUAUGUAGCAUCGCUUCAACAGUUUCUUUGCUUUGUGUUAUUUUGCUUUUCACGGGUUCAUUCUCUGCAGAACUCUACAACGAGAAACCAAUAAGAUGGAGAAUGAACACCAAGAAAUUGGAAAACGAUAAUUGCAAGAAUCAGUGCAGGCCUGGUGGAAGUCAUGCAUUACCUGAAGGCAUAAUCUCCAAUACUUCUGAUUUGCAAAUGAGACCUUUGUGGGAUCUUCCUAAGACUAAGACAAUAGAUAAUAAGGAAAAAGCGUCAACCAAUUUGUUUGCAAUGGCAGUUGGGAUAAAGCAGAAAGACCUUGUGAACAAAAUGGUCAAAAAGUUUCUAGCAAGUAAUUUCGUUGUGAUGCUUUUCCACUAUGAUAACAUUGUUGAUGAAUGGAAUGACUUUGAAUGGAGUACGAAGGUCAUUCAUGUUUCUGUAGCCAAUCAAAGUAAAUGGUGGUUUGCCAAACGUUUCUUACACCCUGACAUAGUUCCAGACUAUGACUAUGUUUUCCUAUGGGAUGAGGAUCUUGGAGUAGAAAACUUCCACCCUGAUAAGUAUGUUUCUAUUAUAAAAAGUGAAGGAUUAGAGAUAUCACAACCAGCACUUGAUACUGAAAAAUCAGAGGUACAUCAUCAGAUUACAGCUCGUGGGAGGAGGUCAAAUGUGCACAGAAGGAUUUACAAAUCUGGUGGUAGAGGCAAAGGUUGUGAUGGAAGUAGCACUGCUCCCCCUUGCACAGGGUGGGUUGAAAUGAUGGCUCCUGUUUUCUCAAGAGCUGCAUGGCGUUGCGUUUGGUAUAUGAUCCAGAAUGACUUGAUCCAUGCGUGGGGUCUAGAUAUGCAGCUAGGCUACUGUGCUCAGGGUGAUAGAACAAAAAAUGUUGGUGUUGUGGAUGCUGAAUACAUAGUCCACUAUGGUCAUCCUACUCUUGGAGGCUUAGAUGUGAAUGAGGUUUCAUCUCGGGCAAAGGAUCAUAGAGUUGAUGUGAGAAGAAUGUCUUACCGUGAAUUACAAGUUUUCAGAAAACGAUGGCAAAAGGCAGUUGAGGAGGAUGAAUGUUGGGUCGAUCCAUUUCAAUAACCAAUACUUGAUAGUCCAAGUUUUGUAUAGAAUUUAUCAAAACAAACAUACAUGUAAAGAGAAGCAACUUCACCAUUCAUUAAAGUUUUUUUGCAAUCAAAUUGUUGUGUUACAUAAUGUAUUAACUUGUAAAAUCAUACAAAGUCGAGUUACAUAAAUUUUUAUAUUAUUAUAAAAUUUCCAUAUUAAUA